AAAAUGAACAAAUAAACUUUGUGCCUGAUUCAGCCGUCGGAGGCAAGCAGAAACAAAACCCUAGUCAAGGUUUUAGACGCAGCAGAGCAACUGCUAAAACUUCCAUCUUUAUUUCUACUCCUGUUUGUUUCCCUAUAAAAUACUGGCUGGAGACUUCUCGAUACUCCACCAUAUUCGAUGGGAAGAGCUAGAGAUAGGGAGCAGAAGCUGAAAAAGAAGGCCAAGUCUGGGGGCUUCGAAUCCCUGAACCUGAGCCCCAAUGUCUACCGCGGUAUCAAGCGCAAGGGCUACAAGGUCCCCACUCCAAUCCAGCGCAAAACCAUGCCGCCCAUCCUCGCCGGAGCCGAUGUGGUUGCCAUGGCGAGAACUGGAUCGGGAAAGACCGCAGCUUUUCUCAUCCCCAUGCUCGAGAAGCUUAAGCAGCACGUGCCUCAAGGUGCUGUUAGGGCACUCAUCCUAUCUCCCACGAGGGACUUGGCGCUGCAGACAUUGAAGUUCACCAAGGAGCUUGGGCGUUUCACUGAUCUUCACACUACUUUAUUGGUUGGUGGUGAUAGCAUGGAAAGUCAGUUUGAAGAAUUAGCACAGAACCCAGAUAUUAUUAUCGCAACUCCUGGUAGGCUUAUGCACCAUUUAUCGGAAGUCGAUGACAUGACGUUGAAAACAGUGGAAUAUGUAGUUUUUGAUGAGGCAGAUUCUCUUUUUGGCAUGGGCUUUGCUGAGCAGUUGCAUAAAAUCCUUGCCCAGCUCAAUGAGAACCGCCAGACCUUGCUUUUCAGUGCAACUUUACCCAGUGCACUUGCCGAGUUUGCUAAGGCUGGUUUGCGUGAACCUCAUCUUGUGCGUCUUGAUCUUGAAACUAAAAUUAGCUCUGAUUUGAAGUUGACCUUUUUCACCUUGCGACCAGAAGAGAAAAAUGCUGCACUUUUGUAUUUGGUCAGGGAGCAAAUUAGCUGUGACCAGCAAACGCUCAUAUUUGUUUCAACAAAACAUCACGUGGAAUUUCUUAGUACAUUGUGUAGAGAAGAAGGUAUUGAGCCUUCUAUAUGUUAUGGUGACAUGGAUCAAGAUGCUCGCAAAAUUAAUGUAUCAAGAUUUAGGGCACGCAAGACUAUGUUGUUAAUUGUAACAGAUGUUGCAGCAAGGGGCAUAGACAUUCCGUUGCUUGAUAAUGUCAUUAAUUGGGAUUUCCCCCCAAAGCCUAAAAUUUUUGUCCAUCGUGUUGGGCGAGCUGCAAGGGCAGGUCGAACUGGUACUGCAUUUUCUUUUCUGACUGCCGAGGAUAUGCCUUACCUGUUAGAUCUUUAUCUAUUUCUCUCAAAACCGAUCAAACCUGCCCCAACUGAGGAGGAGGUUUUUCAGGAUAUGGAUGGAGCUAUGAAAAAAAUUGAUGAAUUGCUUGCAAAAGGAGGAACUGUCUAUGGGCGCUUUCCUCAGACAGUCAUUGACCUUGUCUCAGACAGGGUCCGUGAGAUAAUUGAUUCAUCUUCCGAAUUGUCUUCUUUGUUGAAAGCCUGUACCAAUGCAUUUCGCUUGUAUUCCAAGACAAAACCUUUGCCUUCAAAGGAGUCUAUCAGAAGAGCCAAGGAAUUACCUCGUGAAGGCUUACAUCCAAUCUUUAAAAAUGUUCUGGGUGGAGAGGAAUUAAUGGCUCUGGCAUUUUCUGAGCGCUUGAAAGCAUUCAGACCUAAGCAGACCAUAUUGGAAGCAGAAGGCGAAGCUGCCAAAUCAAAACAUCUACAGGGUUCUUCGAGCCAAUGGGUUGAUGUAAUGAAGAAAAAAAGAGCUAUUCACGAGAAGAUCAUCCAUUUGGUACAGCAGCAGCGCUCUCAAAAGCAAGUGGAAAAGGAAGUUGAGCCAGAAAUUACCGUGUCAAAGGAAAAAGGAUCCCGUGGUUGUAAAAGAAAGUCAAAGAGCUUCAAGGAUGAGGAGUACUAUAUAAGUUCGAUGCCAACAAAUCAUCUUACAGAGGCAGGCCUCUCGGUGAAUAGUAAUGAAGGCUUUGGAUCAAAUAGGUUGGAAACUGCUGUGCUAGAUCUGGUUGCAGAUGAUAGUGGGGGCUUGCAAAAACAAAAGUCUAUGUACCAUUGGGACAAGAGGAGUAAAAAAUAUGUCAAGCUAAAUAAUGGCGAACGUGUUACAGCUAGUGGAAAGGUAAAGACAGAGAGUGGUUCAAAAGUAAAAGCUACCAAAACUGGAAUAUACAAAAAGUGGAAAGAACGUUCACACAGAAAGGUCUCGCUCAGAGGAACAAAUAACGAAGGAAAUGCUGAUGGAACAAGCAUGUCAGGAGAGCGUCAAAUGCGAUGGGAUAAUAGGAACUUCAGAGGCAAGAAACAGCAUGGAGUGCCUAAUGCUCACGUACGUUCAGAAAUCAAAGAUCUCGAACAAGUGCGGAAGGAGAGACAGAAGAAGGCCAACAACAAGAUGUCUCAUAUGAAAAACAAAUCGAAAAAUGGUAAACCAUUCAAUAAAAAUGGAAAAAGAGACAAAUCGAAAACUGGUAAAACAUUCAAUAAAAGUGGGAAAAGAGGGAAGGCAUGGUAGAAAGCCACUUGCCCUUUCUGACAAUGUCAUGGUGUUCUGACUGGAAAAGGCCUCCAGAGAAUUUUGAGACCGGUUUAAUAUUUCUUGGUGAGCAUAUUUAUUUUCUGCUUCCUUCUCACGAGGAGUCUAGUAGCUUGUCAUGCCACAGAAACAGACGGUUUUACUAUUAUUCAUUGUUUAGUUGUUAACAGGGAAAAAAGUUAUUUUAUUUUGUAUUUUUAUUUUUUGUAUGGAUCCGGUUAAUAUGUGUGUGUAUAUAUAUUGUCUCUCAUAUGCAGACUUCUUUUA